AUGGUGCAAAGCUUGGCUUCCUCAACGGCCACCUUCAUUCUCCUCCUCACUAUUGUCCCAAUUGCCUGUUCAUUCCAAGGACAUCCCCAGCCCAGAAACGGCCAUUCGAUAAGCAGCGACGACCAUGACAAGCUUAAGGAUGAUAAGCUGCUGUUUGAGAUAACAGUCCACGGGUUUCUGCUGUGGGCUUCGAUGGGGUUCUUGGCGCCUGUUGGGAUGCUGGCAAUCAGAUUGUCACACAGAGAGGAAUGCGGAACAAGGCUCAAGAUUCUUUUCUAUCUCCAUUCCAUUUCACAGGCAUCGGGAGCAGUAUUGUCAUUCAAGAACUUCACUAACUCCUUCAAUAACCAUCAUCAAAGAAUCGGUUUAUCCCUGUAUGGCAUCAUAUGGCUACAAGCUCUUGUAGGGUUCAUAAGGCCUCCAAGGGGGUCAAAGAGAAGGAGCUUGUGGUUUUUGGUCCACUGGAUGAUUGGAACCACAGUCUGCCUGCUUGGCAUCAUCAAUGUGUACACAGGACUUGUAGCAUACCAUGAGAAGACAUCAAGAAGCAUAACAAAAUGGAUUGUAGCUCUCACAGUUGAAGUUUGCCUGCUGGCUCUCUUGUAUCUUUUCCAGGACAAAUGGGCUUAUAUCAGAAAGCAAGGAGUCAUUCUGGGAAACGACCCUGCAGUCAGGUCCAUUGACAGAGUGGUGGUUUUCCCACAAGACAACAACAAGCACAAGGAGACCCAAUCGAUUUCCUUGGUACAAGAAUCUUUGUAAUGUUUUUUUUUUUUACUUUGUUUUGUGAUGAUGCAAAAAUUCUUUCUUUCCCUAUUGGAGG